GUUAGCAUGAAACUCGACUCGUCCGUAACUGAGGUGUUCUCGCGCCGACAAACGAUUCCGGCUCGGCUGGUUCGCGCGAUCCUCUUCCUCUAAGCGGAAUCGUUGUUUUCCACGGUUGUUUCGUUCGUUUUUCUCGUCAAGGUGUAACGAUGCAGGAGCACAAGUCCUUUCUUAUAAGGGAUCUUCUGGGUGAUGUUCUGUCCGAGCGGGUGCACGAAGAUUCGGAGGACGAUUCUGCCGUACAUUCCGAUUCCGAGGACACGAUCGACCCAGGAAGUAGCCCUUGCACUCGACUGGAGAGUCCUCCGCCGGCUCUGUCGCCAUCGCCGGCACCAGCGACUUCCGGCAAAUCUUGCGGCACGACGAGCGGUCCUCCAAGCGGCAGAAAACCCAGAAGAAGGCGAACGGCAUUCACCCACGCUCAACUCGCUUAUCUGGAACGAAAGUUUCGCUGUCAAAAGUAUCUGAGCGUGGCGGAUCGCAGCGACGUCGCCGACGCGUUGUCGCUGUCCGAGACUCAAGUGAAAACCUGGUACCAGAACAGAAGAACGAAAUGGAAGCGACAGAACCAACUGCGACUGGAACAACUUCGACAUCAAGCUACGGUGGAAAAGGAGCUGCUCGUGCGAGGAGUAGGACUCCAUCAUGGCAGCAUAGACGCUUAUUGUCCACCUUACAACGCUCAGACCCAAACGCAGAGUCAUCCGCCUCCACCGCCACCGCCGCCGGCGCCGUCCACCGCUUCCACCGCCGCGUUUCUCUCCACGGCCGCAGCCCUCUUCCGAAACGUCACUUACGUUCACGGAUGUCCCCUUUAACCCGGCCGAACGCCGCGGUUUCAGGAUCGUUUCUGCCUUCUGGCCGCCGGCGUCGGCAGCCCAUCUCUCUCCGAAACGUCCGUUUCGGACGAUUCCGAACCACCGGUGGAACCACCGUCGCCGAUGGAUCCGAUCGGACCUCGAUGUGCCCGAACUUCCGAUCCCGAAUCGCAAUGGUUCGCGGCAGUCGCUGUUCUUUUCCAUCGAAUUCUUCGGCCUGCGUUUCGCUACAUCGCACGUGCGCGCGAAAAAAGUCUCGCGACCGCUAGUUCGAUUAUAUCCUGGUACAAAACAUCACGCGCUACUAUCUCCGAUACAGUGAAGUGCGCGUGAACCACGAAACGCGGAUGUAAACGCGGACAAGGAAAAUCUCGUUCGCGGUAAUCGCGCGUACCACGUUUCAGGAGUUCUUCGCGACUCCCUUCCUGGGAUGGAACUCUUCGAAGAUUCCGUGCUCCGCAUUGGACUUGUUUCCGAGAGCUAAUUCCUGCAUGCGAAACAGUGUACAUAUGUAAUUACGAAGUUGAUCGGUAGUCGUAGUCGCUUUGUUUUCGUUCGCGACGACGAAAGGGGAAGGGAUGAACGAAACGAUAUCGGAAAUCGUGGUGUUUCGAGGAUCUGUUUCCAUCGUUCCACGAACUUUCGCUUGUUCCAGUCGAAGUAAGAACAAACCCGUAAUAUCCAGGUUCAUAUCCAGGAAACAUGUUCCUUUUACUCGGAACGAACGAAGAGAUCUAGUUGAGUCGAUAGCGAGUCGAAUUCCGUAGAUGUGUCAUAGGAUGUUAGGUAACUGUAAUCGGGAAACGGGCGAAAACGACGUUUACUACGACGCGUUCGAUGCUCCGCGGUACAAACGUUUUCCCCUGUUUCCCGCAAUCACUGGCCAAUUUUCACUUAGAGAUCUAGUUCGCUAACGUUCACCGCUGAUAAUCCAUCACUUUCUCCAGUUAGUCGACGAUUUUUCGUCAACCGAUGAAUUCUUGUAGAUAAAUAAAUUAUUAUCGAACAAAAA